CAGUUUUAGAUUCUCGAAGCCCCCUUUGGAACACAGCAUCUUCUCUUCAGGGACGACUGGCUGUUUCUCGUUGCUGCUUGUGUUUGAAACUUUGUAGAGUUAAAAAAAAAACCCAAAAAAACACGAAUCCCCAGGUUACAGAAAUAUAAACGCAAAAUCAGCAAUAAAGGAUUACUUAGAAUCCAGCGUGGCAACAUUGCUCAACUAAUCUGGAAUUCAACACCAAUGAGACCCUCAUCUCGGGACAUUUCAUCAACCAGAACAUCACAAAUACCAAAAAGCAAAGAAUUAGUCACCAUUUUUUGCUCCUGAGAGAAGAAGCAAAGACUUGGUCGGUAAGACAGGAAUCUAAACACGGGAUCUGGGCUCUCGUCAGUUAGCAGCAAGGGAAGCCAUGGAUUCUGAGGAGGUGGCAGGCCAGUCGGAGAUGGUGACCAUCAUCCCCAAUGGCAAACACAACGAGGACCUGACCGUGCCGAUGAAAACGCCUCUGGAGGAUGACGGCAGGUAUGAGGACACUGAAGGAAACGUAGCAGAGAGUGAGGAGUUCCUACCCCACACCGACGGGAAGAAGCCAACUCGCUUCACGGAUUUUGAAGGAAAGACUUCGUUUGGCAUGUCUGUCUUCAACCUGGGUAACGCCAUCAUGGGCAGUGGAAUUCUGGGACUGGCUUAUGCGAUGGCCAACACUGGCAUCAUCCUCUUCCUUUUUCUUCUGACGGUAGUGGCAGUUCUUUCCUGCUAUUCCAUCCAUUUGCUGCUGAAGUCCUCUGGAGUAGUGGGCAUUCGCGCUUAUGAGCAGCUUGGCUACAGGGCAUUUGGCACUCCAGGAAAACUAGCGGCUGGAAUAGCUAUCACCUUACAGAACAUUGGCGCCAUGUCCAGUUACCUUUACAUUGUCAAGUAUGAGUUUCCUCUGGUCAUCCAGGCCUUCCUGAACAUCAGCGGAAAAUCAGAUGCGUGGUACUUAAACGGUAACUACCUGGUGGUCCUGGUCUCUGUGUGUGUCAUCCUUCCUCUGGCCCUCAUGAAGCAGCUAGGUUACCUGGGCUACACCAGCGGGUUCUCCCUGAGCUGUAUGGUGUUUUUCCUCUGUGUGGUGAUAUACAAGAAGUUCCAGAUCCCGUGUCCCUUCUUUGAGUUCUCGUUCAAUACCACAGAAUCUCUCAACUCCAGCACCGGUAUGGAGCACUCGGUUGGCUACCAGAACGGACACACCCAGAUGGAGGCGGAUCCUGACUGUAGCCCCCGCAUGUUUACCCUCAACUCCCAGACGGCCUACACCAUCCCCAUCCUAGCCUUCGCCUUUGUCUGCCACCCAGAGGUCCUGCCUAUCUACACUGAGCUACGCAACCCCACAAAAAGGAAGAUGCAGCACGUCUCCAACAUCUCUAUCGCUGUCAUGUACACCAUGUAUUUCCUGGCGGCUCUCUUCGGAUACCUUACCUUCUAUGGUAAAGUUGAAGCAGAGAUGCUCCACACCUACAGCAGGAUCGACCCCUUCGACACCCUGAUCCUGUGUGUUCGACUGGCAGUGCUCACUGCCGUCACCCUCACCGUGCCCAUUGUCCUCUUCCCGGUACGACGUGCCAUCCAGCAGAUGUUGUUCCCCAACAAGGCGUUUAACUGGCUGCGCCACAUCGCCAUCGCAACCUGCCUGCUGAUCCUCAUCAACCUGCUCGUCAUCUUCGCACCCAACAUCUUGGGCAUCUUCGGGAUCAUCGGGGCCACAUCUGCUCCCUGCCUCAUCUUCAUCUUCCCAGCGAUCUUCUACAUCCGCAUCGUGCCUACGGAAGAGGAACCCAUGCGCUCCACCCCCAAGAUCAUGGCUGCGUGCUUUGCAGGUCUGGGAGUCCUGUUUAUGAUAAUGAGCCUGAGUUUCAUCAUCAUCGACUGGACUACGGGAAGUGACAAUGCUGGCGGUGGCCACUAGGGGUUAGAAAUAUCACUGGGAAGAUGCACUCAAGUGGAACCCUUGGAUACAGGACUGUAAAAUCUCGGCUUUGCAAAUGAAUCAAUCUGCCCUAUCUCAAUGCCUGAAAUUUUAAUGACACAUUUUACUGUAGAUAAUAGAGAAGAAGCUACUAGGAUGAACCAGCUUGAUUCUUUUUUUUGUGGGGGGAGGCAUGCUAAUUUGCAAAAGCACACAUUUACAAGCAUACCUGUUUCUUCAGGUAGACAUGAUUUUUGUCAGCCUACCAAGUCUAGGAAUUCCCCCUAUAGAAAUAUAAAGCUUGUAUUAAAGCAGUUUAGGUUUUUUGGAUCUUUGAUGCCAUGGCAGUGAUGCCAAAGCAAACCAGUACACUGUCGGUUAAAGGGUGGUGGGGGUGGUAGAGGGUACCCAGUUUGUUCAUGCUAAAACUUAUGAUAGGGCGCAGACAGACUUUAGAAAAGUGUAACUCUUCACAACACCUUCCUAACCCUAACCCCAUGUUAACCCUAAUCCAUAUCUCUUGACCCUAUAAAGUAUUGCUAGUACUGUACAGGCACCAAUGGUGCACAGUGACGUUUUAUAUCAGAGCUUAUAUAAAGACUGAAAGGAUACUUUAUUUUACAAGUAGGACUGGGGAAAGUAUAACUCCUAACAAACUUGCAUACAGUCAGCCCGGUCUCCCUAGCAAAACAGUACUGUAGUCUUUAAAAGUGCCUUUUUAAAGAUUUUGUGACUUUAUUAGCACACAUCAUAAGAUCCUAAUGUCCAUAAGAACUGUCAACUCCAAGUUGAUCCUAUGAUUAAAACUGGGGUGAAUUUGUAAGUAGGCAGGUGGUUUAGGUGGUGUCGAUUUUUAGCUUAUUAAGUGACAACACAUACAGUAACUGGCUCUUUGAAAAGUGUCAUUGUAGUAAUGUUUUCAGUGCAAUCAGGUUAAUACACAUUAAAGCUCAGUGUGCUCAUCUCUUAAACAGAACACAUCAAAACACAGAACCCUGGCACUACAAGCAGAUUACAGUAAACUCCAACAUUUUUUAAUUCCAGCCUUGCAAAGCUGCACUUUAAAAGCGGUAUUCUUAAGCAAGAAGCCUGUUUAUAUUUUACCCAGUCCUAUUUUAAAUGACAUUUUGUUAGGUUAUUUUUUUAUUGCUGUUUGCUGAUGUUACGUCUAUUGUAUAAUUGAUUUCUUAAUUUAUAGACAUGGCUUUGUUUAGGAGUUUUAUCAAACUCUGUAAAAACUGUUAACUACAGUAUGUUUUAAUUCACCUAAAUAUGCAUGCACUUAUAGAAACUAGCAUUGCGUGUUUUUUUUUUUUUUUUUUUUAAAGAAAAACUUUGGGUGUUUUAAUUAUUUUUAAAUAAUAAUUAUUAUAGCUAUUUAAUGGUGAUAAAAUGCGAUCCUGAUGGGACAAGUACUGGCAUGAGAACCUAAGAAUAAUCAGAAAGUGUUUCCAAUUCCCCAAAGCUGUCCGUUUUGAAACUGGAUUAUGUAAAAUCCAUUUAUUUGGUUCCACAUCUCAUUUUGGAUCCAGAUACAGGUAUAUGGAAACAAGUUCAAACUGUGUUAAAACCCUGGAGCUGAAGAUACUGGCCUCAACUGGGGAAAGAGAGCAGUAAAGUCAUUAUUCUACUCCUGUUGGAAGGCUGCAAUCUCAGAAUUCACUUCCUAUAACAUCACACAUUCCACUGCUAAAAUGUCAUAAGCCAUUUAAGAUAAUAUUUUUAGGGUUAUUAUACUCCUUUGGCCAAAUCACCUUUGAUGUUGACAUGUGACCUAAUAUGGCUGACAUAAUGGGGUCAUGUGACUUUCUGGUUUCCAUAUCCCUUCUAAAAGUUUACCAUUGUAAAGGCAUAGCAAAGUGUAAUAAAGCAUAGUGAAAGCAUAGUAAAGCAAACCAGGGUAAACUCUUGUAAAUGCAGAUUAUAACCAGUGGUGUAGUCGAGCGGGAGCAUGCAGGAACGCUGUUCCGGUACUGUUUUCUAUAAGCAGAACCUUGACUUAAGAAUUAGCUUAAGAGUCUUUAUCGAUUUGUUAUGAAAAUGCUUAUAGCGCCCGAAUGCUGUCAUUUCAGUGCAUGGGCACCGAUGAAGCGAUCUCUUUUCUGUGUGGAAAUCAAAAUAGUCUUUCUGCACCAUGCCAUUGAAUAGGCACUAGUAACAAAAAAAAAAUAUCAGUGUCCGAUUCCCUACGUGCCACUUCUUAUGGUACACAAAUUGGAGUCUCUGAUAACCGGCACAUAUUUUAAAUGUUUACAGUCAAGUCACACACAUCUCCUGAUUCCCACACAAUUGUCUGAUUUAGUCAGCAGUCCUUGUGAUGCAAUGAAGAGAACAUUAGGAACUUCUAUUACACUACAGUACUAAAGUUUAAGAAUGCUGAUGAAGAAGAUAGCAAAAGUGCUAUUAGCAGCAGUGUGGAGUAGUGGUUAGGGCUCUGGACUCUUGACCAGAGGGUCGUGGGUUCAAUCCCAGGUGGGGGACACUGCUGCUGUACCCUUAAGCAAGGUACCUAGAUUGCUCCAGUAAUAAACCCAAAUGCAUAAAUGGGUAAUUGUAUGUAAAAAAUAAUGUGAUAUCUUGUAACAAUUGUAAGUCACCCUGGAUAAGGACAUCUGCUAAGAAAUAAAUAAUGUAUCAGUGCAGAGGCCCGGGUCUUGGAAUGAAUGACUGCCCUUGCAACUGGCUUAGUAAAAUUGUAAAUUUGCAAAGAAAACAGUUUAUAUUAAACUAUAAUUUGAUGGGAGAGAAAUGUCCAUGUUUUCCUCAUGUCUCUGAAUUAGCUGGGGAGGUUAAUCAAGGGCAGCGGUGGCAGAUAUAUUUUUUUGCAACGCUCCACCAAAAAGUAGCCAAAUUGUGUUUUUUAAACCAGCCAAAAACCACAUAUAUAUUACAAAAGCAUACAUAAGUGCAACACAUUUAUUUAAAAUAAAACACAGUCAUGUUAUAAACUAUUUAUUUAUCUGCUUUGUUUGUUUUUUCUCACAAUUUACAGUACCAGAACCACUGUUUUUUUUUUUUUGUUUUGUUUUGUUUUUUAUAUCUGAUGAGAUCAAAUCUGGUAGGUCCUGAAAAAUGUAUUCAGAAUAUAGUGCAUUAGGCCUACCUAUUAAAUGUUACCUCAAGCUCAAUGAACAAAUAAAACGUGAAUUUGUAUAACAUUUGUUUAAGAAAAUCUAUAUUUGAUUGGCGUUCCGGUACUUUCAGAUUUAGGACUACACCACUGAUUAUAACCAUACAGUUACUGAUUAUAGCCAUAACUUCCUACAGAUGUCAGGACUGCCCAGUCCCUGACCACAUUCCGGCGCCUCCUUAAGACUCACCUCUUCAAACAGCACCUGUAGAACUCCUCUGUUUGUAUCCUGGGACACUAUCACCCUUCAUGUAAAUAUGCUUUAUUUUGCUCUUAUCUGCCCCCUAUUUUACUGCAUUUAAUCCUGUACCUCAGAAUACUGUAAUCUGCCAAGUGUUUAACCUGUAGUAUUUUGUAUUUAAUCAUAUCCUGAUGUAACUAUCACUAUUAUCUGCUGUAUUAUUGAAUUGUGGUUUGUCACACUUGUACUUUGCUUGAACAAAAGUUAUUGUAUUUCUUGCUCUUAUUGUAUUACUUGUAUUGUAACACUUGAAAUGUAUUUGCUUACGAUUGUAAGUCGCCCUGGAUAAGGGCGUCUGCUAAGAAAUAAAUAAUAAUAAUAAUAACCAUGGGAAAAGCACGGUAAACUUCUGUGCAAAAAUACCAUAGUAAACUUUUAGAAGGGACGAUUCCAAAUUAUGAUAAAGGCAUUUGAGAUAUUGACUUCGUACUUGGUACACACAGUUUGAUCAUGGGUAUUGUACAAGAAAAAACGAACCCUUUCCUCUCAGUAAUUUCACAAAGUUGCUAGUGCUACAGUGAAAGGCUGUUGAGGUAGUGACUUCAUAUUUGUAGUGUUGUGCAGUAUAAACACUGUAUGCGUUGGUGACCUUGACUUUGACCUCUAACCUCACGUGACUAAGUUUCUUGGGAAAUUAAGCAGUACGUUUUGAGUUCUUGCCUUAUGGUACACAGUUUGUGUCAAUGAUUUUCUUUGUUAAGAUUUGCCAUUUCCAUUUGUUGCUUUUUUUUUAGUCCAUUCCAAUCCAGGAACUUGAUUCAACCAGCUCCCUAAUGACCUAAUUGAACACCUGUUAACACUAAAGACCUAAUUGGAACAGGGCUCUGUCCUGUUCAAUUCAAUAACCAAGACAAGAACAGGGCCCCAGACCCGAAUGGACUGAAAAUCCUCAAGUGAGUACUGAUCCAAACACCAAGGGUUUAAAAUGUUAAAAAUGAGGGUGAAUAAAUAGAUAACAAUUGUAUGUAUUUGGGCUUACACACCAGCAUUUAUAAAUAAUGUAUAUAAAUGUAAACCCUUUAUAUUCCUGUUACAUGUCUAGCCUGUAUAGUGUAAAUAGCAUUUAGGAGCGGUUUUAGACUGACAAUAAAACAAAUGUAGUCAUUUUUAA